AUGACACGCAAAACAGGGAACGGCUGGAGCCUGCAGUGGAAAGUUGGAGCCCUGGUGUGUGGCAGGCGGACAGAGGUACAGAGAGCAGCCGGGGAGAAUAAGACUCAGAGGACGUGGUGGGCCACGGCUGGGACGAUGCAGUUCCUGGCUUGGUUAAUGGUAGCCAUUUGCUUCCUCCCUGGGGUGACUACAACCCAGCACCGUGCAGGGCAGCCCAUGGACAGCACCAGCGUGGGAGGUGGCCUGCAGGAGCCAGAGGCCCCGGAAGUGAUGUUUGAGCUGCUCUGGUCUGGGCUGGAGCUGGAUAUCAUGGGGCAGCUGCACAUCCAGGACGAGGAACUGGCAUCCACACGUCCAGGCCGCCGGCUCAGUCUCCUCCUGCAGCACCAUGUGCCCAGUGACCUGGAGGGCGCUGAGCAGCGGCUGCAGCAGUUCCAGGACCUGCAGAAGGGACCCCCUCUUAGCCCUUGGGACUUUGAACAUCUGCUCCUCACAGGCCUGUCCUGUGUCUACCGGCUCCAUGUGGCUAGUGAGGCUGAGGAGAGAGGUCGCUGGGCCCAGGUCUUCACCCUCCUGGCACAGGAAACACUCUGGGACCUGUGCAAGGGCUUCUGUCCCCAGGGCCAGCCCCCUUCUCUGGGGCCCUCGGCCUCUACCCUUGACCCCUUCCCCUAA